UGCACACGCCGCUUCCCAGCCACUUGAGCGCUGGGAGCUCGUCUGUCUCGUAGCCUCGCUCCUUCUGGAUCAACUCAUUCGUUUUCUUUUGCAUCGCGGUGGAAAGUACACAACUAUUAACGGAAGGCGCUUGAACUUAAGACGGUCAAGUUCAAUUGAAUCCAUCCGAGUUUUGUUAGUCGGAAUAACCGAGCGGGAUCUGCGGAGGGCACACGACUGCGUGCGCCCGCCCGCGCACAGACGCUCCGAGGACCACCGGAGGCUGCUGGAUGCUUGUACAAUUUUUGGACCGCUUCUAUCGCGACCUGCAUUGGACUUAACUAAACGCAAGCUCCCGGACUCUCCUCCCUAUCGGUUUGAAAGAGACAAUGUUGUGGGACAGCCUGUGCUGUCUGCUGGCCCUGCUGGGCUUGUCAUCGGCGGGGCUGCCUCCGGCCCUGGAGCCUCUGUCCGCCCCCAGGAUCUUCCUGUCCUUCAAAGAGUUAAAGUCGACCGGCACUGCUCACCACUUCUCCUUCUUGCUCAACUCCAGCGACUAUCGAAUUCUUCGCAUGGACGAGGACCACGACCGCAUGUAUGUGGGCAGCAAAGAUUACAUCCUGUCUCUGGAUCUGCACGACAUAAACAAGGAACCACUCAUUAUCCACUGGCCCGUCGCCCCUCAGAGGAAGUCUGAAUGUGUCUCGUCUGGAAAAGACACCAAUGGCGAAUGCGGCAACUUCAUCCGUCUGAUCGAACCGUGGAACCGCACUCACCUGUACGUGUGCGGAACGGGAGCGUACAACCCCAUCUGCACAUACGUGGACCGUGGACGCAAGUCGCAGGGCUCCCACUACCUCCAGGCCCCCAAAUCUGGAGGGAGAACCAAUCGGGCAGCAGACCAGAGUGCCACGUCAGAGCUUUUGGAGGCCAAGGAAUAUAUUUUCCGCCUUGAGCCGGGCAAAGUGGAUUCAGGGAAGGGAAAAUGUCCUUUUGACCCCAAAUUGAACAGCGUCUCCGCUUUGAUCAAUGGAGAGCUGUAUGCGGGAGUCUACAUUGAUUUCAUGGGAACCGACUCGGCUAUCUUCCGUACGCUGGGGAAGCAGACAGCCAUGAGGACCGAUCAGUACAACUCCAGAUGGUUGAACGACCCCACAUUCAUCCAUGCACACCUCAUCCCUGACAGCGCCGAAAAGAAUGACGACAAGCUGUAUUUCUUCUUCCGUGAGAAGGCCAUCGAGAUGGGUCAGAGUCCCAUGAGCCAGUCCAGAAUUGGGCGGAUCUGCUUGAAUGACGACGGAGGCCAUUGCUGUCUGGUGAACAAAUGGAGCACGUUUCUCAAGGCCCGUCUCAUCUGCUCGGUGGCCGGACCCGACGGUGUCGAGACGCACUUUGACGAGCUCAGGGAUGUUUACAUCCAGCCGACACAAGACACCAAGAAUCCUGUCAUCUAUGGAGUCUUCUCAGUUUCGGGAUCUGUGUUUAAAGGCUCGGCGGUGUGCGUCUACUCCAUGGCAGACAUCCGCAUGGUCUUCAACGGUCCUUUCGCCCACAAGGAAGGACCCAACUACCAGUGGGUGGCCUACACGGGGAAGAUUCCCUACCCCAGACCUGGCACUUGUCCCGGAGGAACGUUCACCCCCAACAUGAAAUCCACCAAGGAUUACCCGGACGAGGUGAUCAACUUUAUGAGAAACCACCCCACCAUGCACAACGCCGUGUACCCGGUACACAAGCGGCCCCUGGUGGUCCGGACCAACGUGGACUACGAGUUCACCACCAUCGCCGUCGACCAAGUGACGGCCGCUGACGGAAGCUAUGAGGUCCUCUUCCUGGGAACAGAUCGCGGAACAGUGCAGAAGGUGAUUGUAUUGCCGCGAGAUGACCUUCAGACCGAGGAGCUGGUUUUGGAAGAAGUGGAGGUCUUUAAGGUUCCCACCCCAAUCACCACGAUGAAGAUCUCAUCCAAGCGCCAACAACUGUACGUGGCGUCGGUAUUGGGCGUGACGCACCUUGCGCUCCACCGCUGCGACGUGUACGGCGAGGUGUGCGCUGACUGCUGCCUGGCUCGGGACCCGUAUUGCGCUUGGGAUGGAAAAUCCUGUUCCAGAUACUCGGCGUCGCAAAAGAGACGCAGCCGCCGUCAGGAUGUCAAGUACGGCAACCCCAUCCGCCAAUGCAGAGGCUACAACUCCAUUACCAAUAAGAAUACCCUGGAGACAGUUCAGUAUGGUGUAGAGGGCAGCACCACGUUCUUGGAGUGCCAGGCCAGGUCCCCCCAUGUUUCUCUCAAGUGGCAUCUUCAGAAAGAGAACAGUGACAGGAGGAAAGAGAUUCGCUCCGAGGGCCGCAUCCUGAAAACGGACCAGGGCCUCCUAAUCCGCUCCCUGCAGACGUCAGACAGCGGCAUCUACCAGUGCACAUCGACGGAGAAGAACUUCAAACACACGCUGGUCAAGCUGCAGCUGGUGGUACUCUCCAGCCGCACCGUCAACAAUGUCCUGGUGGAGACGGGCGCGCCUUCCCUCGCCCUGGCGCCACUGCAGUCCAGCGCCUGGACGCCGAGCGCCGGCCAGUACAAGGACCUGCUGACCAUCCUGAGCCAACCGGAAAUGGGCCUGAUCAACCAGUACUGCCAAGACUACUGGCAGCUGGGAGACAGCGGCGGCGGCGGCGGCGGCCUGGGGGACGGCAAAACCAAGAGCCUGAAGGAGCUGAAGGAGCAGAAGAAGCCCCGGAACCGCCGGCAUCGCGACGACGAGACGAGUCCCACGGAGACAUGAAGCGCCUGAACCGACCAGUCGUGAGUCUACCACAACUCCAUAAACGCUACACUAUUCCUCCGGUGUUGAGGAGUGACUCAAAAUGGACGCAAUACAGCAGAAAAGACAAAAACUCUUGGAUGAAACACACAAUAUUUAUUGUAGGUUGUAAAAAGUAAUUCUUUGUACCUAUCUAGAAAAAAAAAUGUUUUUUGUGAAUAGGAUGCUGUCGUUAUUAUUCUAAUGUUCUGGUUAGUGUUACUGACAAUGUGUAUUUUGUCCAGUUUGUCUUUUUUUAUGUUUGGUGUUUUGGGAGCAUCCACCGCCGCAUGGACGAGAACUGAAAAGUGGAACUUGGACUAAAAUGCUCCUCUCAAAAGCUUUUCAAAGACGGCACAAAAGGAACAUUUUUCAGGACCACGCAAAUCAAUUAUCUUCAUGUUCCAUCACCUGGCCAUAUUUUUCUGGAUUCUGGUGCACACUUUUUAAUAUGUGAAAAAAAAACACAGUCGAAGAAAAAAAUGGCAAGUGUGUUCUUGCUGCUACUAUCCAGCUCUGGAAAAAAAUGAGAGUACUCUGCUGCAAAAUAAUUAGUGUAUGCCAACAAAUCUUUACUGAGAUGCAAAGAAUCUGUUUGUCAUUUUGUAACGUCUGUCGUAUGAGUUGCUCUCCAGCCUUUUACGCCAAGUAGCACCUAAAAGAAAAGCCUAUAGCUCACCAUCAUGACAUUAAAAUGCUGCCACAUAGUAGGCCUGAGUGUUCAUGACAAAAGAAAAUCACUCUUACCACAGCCCACACCACGGGAUAAUCUCUCAUAAUAAUAUUUUUGAUGAUCACUUUAUCUGUCGCCCACUUGAGUUAUUUAUCCAUCUAAUUGUUGCAUCUUCAGUACCGAGUGAUCAUUGUACUGAAGGAGACUUUAAGGAAUAUAAACGUGACAAUUUCACCUCCCAAAAUGCAGAUUCCAGCAGGCAGCUAUUUUUAACUGAGUCUGUACAAAAUAAAACAAAGCACCUUCUGUCACUAAACACACACUAACGUAAUGUGAGACAUCGCUUAAAGGGGGUUUUGAUAUUUUGGAGAUGUUUCGAACACUUCAAAGCAUCCGACUUUGUCGAAGGGUCCCCAAAAAGAAUGAUGUGGUGUACAAACACAUUGUUGUGCUUCCUGUACUGUCGUUGUAACAACCUUGUGUCCCAAUACUUUUGUUCAUGUGCACAUGCAAUAUAGUCGCUGCUGCAGUUUGACAAGGGUUACACACAGACACAGUCAUACAAGUACCACACCCGCUAGCACUUGCUAACACACGCUCACACAAUCACAGAUGCACUUUAAUACAAACACAUACACAGUCAGAAAAAGGGAGAGUGCAGUUAGAUAUGGACGGCUUACAUUUUAGAUGUAAGAUUUCAUACAAGGUCAACUUUGCAUUCCUGCCGUCUUCACGUUUUGGUUUCAUUGAGUCUAUAUUAUGUCGCCGCUGAGAAUGAAUUAUGUCAGCGUUAUGAUUCAUCUUUAAUUUUUUUCAAUAAUUGGCGAGGGGAGGGUGCAUAUUGAUAGAAAAGGUACAAAGCAAUUUGGACAGGGUGUCUUUUCAUGGUGCAUGGCAUGUACAGUGUAUGUAAAGUGUUUGUCUAAAAAGAGGUUUUGUUCCUGUGGAUGUCGGUGAAUGUCUUUCUUAUUGCGGGAAUAUAAAAAUAAUGUAAAAAAAAAAAAGAAUAAAUAUGGGCUCAGCUUUUUUAAGAGGGUGUCAGAGUCCAGAUUGUACUUAUGUUUGAAAUCUUAUUUCAUGUGUUUUUGCAGACUUCCCUCUGGGUCAUUGGUGUAAAGUAUGACAUUGAUAAGAUGCACACUUGUUAUGACUUGUAAACAUAAUAAUGAUAAUAAUAAUAAUGACUUCUUCCCCA